UUUAUAUUCAGUUGUACGCAAACUAAACCAGAAAGAUCAAUCUUGUUGCGUAAGACAAACAUCCUAGCAGUUUUUCUGAAUAUAUUUGUUCCUUCUGUGAUACAUACCACUCCAGUAAAAUGCUUGCUACAAGACUGUGUCGGAUUCCUAUUACCAGUCUUGUCACUGGUAUUGGCAAGCCUCUGAACAAACCACAGUUAUGUAUGAGAACCAGAAUCCAGCAACUGGCGUCCGAUUCCAGGUCAGGUGCCACAAAACGAGCCCAGAGAAGAGGAAUCAAGGAGACACUAGCUGCCCCUGCAGGCGAAACAGCUUUCAGCAUUGGUAAAGGAGCGACUGCAGGGGCUGCAGUUGUUGGGUUGGGUUCACUUUGUUACUAUGGAUUGGCAUCCAAGGAAAUGUCAGCAUUAGAUCAGAGAAUAUUCUGGUCAGAAGAAAUCAAACAGAGAAUCCGUUCCACCUACUUUUACUUUGGGGCCAGUGUAGGACUUACCGCUGCUUCUGCUGUAUUCAUUGCAAGAACUCCAGCUCUCAUGAAUAUUGCAAUGAAAAAUUCAUGGGUGGCCAUUUUUGGCAGUAUAGCAGCUAUGAUUGGAACCAGCAUUAUGACACAGUCAAUCCCAUACAAAGAGGGCUUUGGAGCUAAACAUCUAGCCUGGAUGCUACACAGCGCUGUAAUCGGAGGAGUUGUGGCCCCCAUCACAAUGUUAGGAGGCCCCUUAAUGGUCAGAGCUGCUUGGUACACUGCAGGGGUUGUGGGAGGUCUCUCAGCCCUUGCUAUGUGUGCACCCAGUGAGAAAUUCCUGAACAUGGGAGGCCCUCUUGCUAUUGGGUUAGGUGUUGUCUUUGCUUCAUCAGUAGGAAGCAUGUUUCUCCCACCCACCACAGCCCUGGGUGCUGGAUUGUAUUCUAUGAGUUUGUAUGGAGGGCUGAUCCUCUUCAGCAUGUUCCUGUUGUAUGACACACAGAAAGUUAUCAAGAGGGCAGAGAGCCACCCUGUGUACAGUGCACAGAAAUUUGACCCUAUCAAUGCAUGUCUUGGAAUUUACAUGGACACAAUUAAUAUUUUCAUCAGAAUUGCCAUUAUUCUGGCCAAUGGUGGAGGAGGCAGAAGAAAGUGAACAGUGAAUUUAUUUACAUAGAUUUAAAAUUAUGUAUAAGCUCCUUGUUAGACUCAUUUGUGGUCAAACAAAUGAUAUUUCAUUGGUAUGAGAAAUAUUUCAUUGCUUCAAGGAAUAACAUUUCAGUGCUAUGAUGUAUCUUAUGUGAAUUGACAGCCAUGUAAAAGAACAAUUCUUUCACAGAUAUAUAAAUGUAUUGUUGUGUUUAAAGUCCAUCAGACCACAUUUUUUCUUUUCAUUCAGUUAGCAAAAUAUUAUUUAAGGAGGUAUAACCCACUUGAUAAAACUGUAAUGGAUUGAAAAUAUUUGAUAAAAAUUCAUAUGUUUGUGAUAUGUUUGUGAUAUUAAAAACUUUUUAAAAUGCAUGAUUUAGUGAUACUUGUAGUGAAAAAUCACAAUAGGAAGAAACUGAGACCUUGUUGGAAUUGAACUCCUUAUCUACAGUGUAUUGGGCAAGCACUGAUAUGUAGAUAGUAAUGAAAACUUGGUCUUUAAUUCUGCUUAUGUAAUCAUUGUAGGGAUGUCAAUUUUGUCAAUAAUUCAUAUUUGAAUAUUCAAUGAAAGUAUUCAAAUACAUGUAUAUUCGAAUAUUCAAUAAAAUAAAUUAAAUCUG